AUGGAAUUGGUUACCUCAGGAAAUGAGUCAUCUGUGACUAGGUUUGUCCUGCUGGGCCUAACAGAUUCUCCAGUCCUCCAGCCCACCCUCUUUGUCAUCUUCCUUCUUGCUUAUGUAGCUACUAUCGGUGGCAAUUUCAGCAUCCUUGCUGCCAUCCUCAUGGAACCCAAACUCCACACCCCCAUGUACUUCUUCCUGGGGAACUUGUCCCUGCUGGAUGUUGGGUGCAUCACCGUCACUGUCCCCGCCAUCAUCCAACUGAAUGAGAAGUUGCUCUUUGUUGCAGCAGCCUUUAUGGGUGUGGCUCCACUGGUCCUCAUCACUGUGUCCUAUGCCCACCUCUUCAAGCUCUCUUGCUCCAGCAUCCAACUGAAUGAGAAGUUGCUCUUUGUUGCAGCAGCCUUUAUGGGUGUGGCUCCACUGGUCCUCAUCACUGUGUCCUAUGCCCACGUAGUAGCCGCAGUCCUGAGAAUCCGCUCUGCUGAGGGCAGGAAGAAGGCCUUCUCCACAUGCAGCUCCCACCUCACUGUGGUGGGCAUCUUCUAUGGGACAGGGGUCUUCAGUUACAUGAGGCUGGGUUCAGUGGAGGCUUCAGACAAGGACAAAGGCAUUGGGAUCCUCAACACAGUCAUCAGCCCCAUGCUGAACCCACUCAUCUACAGCCUGAGGAACCCUGAUGUGAAGGGCGCCCUGUGGAGGAUGUUCACAAGGAUUUAG